AACCCUGUGCCGCCGCGAGCCGCCAUCUUGGAUAAGCAGAUCCUUCUUGAGCCGCCAGGAUAACCCGCUCAACAAUUCCUCGGAAUUGCUCCACUUUCCCCGUCUCAAGGCUUCGUUACUGAGCCACAAUGGCCACCGCACCGUACAACUACUCCUACAUUUUCAAAUACAUCAUCAUCGGGGACAUGGGGGUAGGCAAGUCAUGUUUGCUGCACCAAUUCACAGAAAAGAAAUUCAUGGCAGACUGCCCCCACACGAUCGGCGUGGAGUUCGGCACGAGGAUAAUCGAGGUGAGCGGCCAGAAGAUCAAGUUGCAGAUCUGGGACACGGCCGGACAGGAGCGCUUCCGGGCCGUGACCCGCUCGUACUACCGCGGUGCGGCGGGGGCGCUGAUGGUCUACGACAUCACCAGGAGAAGCACGUACAAUCACCUCAGCAGCUGGUUGACCGAUGCCAGAAACCUCACCAAUCCCAAUACGGUGAUCAUUCUCAUAGGAAACAAAGCGGACCUGGAGGCCCAGAGAGACGUCACGUAUGAGGAAGCCAAACAGUUUGCCGAGGAGAACGGUCUGCUCUUCUUGGAAGCCAGUGCAAAAACGGGAGAAAACGUGGAGGACGCCUUCCUGGAGGCGGCCAAGAAGAUCUACCAGAACAUCCAAGACGGCAGCCUGGACCUGAACGCGGCCGAGUCGGGCGUCCAGCACAAGCCGUCGGCCCCCCAGGGGGGACGGCUAACCAGCGAACCACAGCCUCAGAGGGAAGGCUGUGGAUGCUAAUGACCAAGCGACCCCCCCACCAACCAAAUCCAGCCAAGACCACCGUACCCACCCCCUUCACGGAGGAGUGAAGGCGACAAAUGGACUCCCUCUUCCUCCCGUCUUACCUGCCAGCUUUUUUUCUUUACAUUUUUGCUCCUACCAUCUCGCCACCACACGUUCAUUACAUGACUGUCACUUUGUCUUUUUUAAUGUUUGCUUUUAUAGCUCCAAAUGACAACUUCUCUAUGAAUUACACCUAAAUCCCCAUCAGCCUUCUUCCUGCACCGCCUACCAAUCGAGGGUGAGAUUUGUCCAUUCGGGACAAUGAAGGCACGGACGGCAUUUUAGGCAUCUCGUUAAAAGAACGUGUGGCGCGGCUUUGAAUUUGUUACGGGAAGGAAUACUGCUUUUCUGUUUUCUAUAGAUAACACUUGUCCUCGUUAAGGUCACAGGUGAGCUGGAGCCUAUCCCAGCUGACUUUUGGGUGAGAGAAAUGGGGUACACGCUGGACUGGCGAGCAGCCAAUCACAGGGCACAUAUAGACAAAUGACCAUUCACAUUGACACCUAAAGACAAUUUAGCCUUCAAUUACUUUUUGCUACCCUGUUCAAUAAAUGUCACUAAGUUCAAAUGGUUGCACCCUCAUAUCACGAGCACCAUUUUGUUUGUUGCCUUAUUAGUCUUUGUUUUCCCCAAUCUGACACCAGAUUUCCUUUUUUUUUUUUGUCUCAAAGCAUUGAAAGCAGCACGGCCUUGACUGGUCCUCAAAAUGGCCGCCUUGUAUAAUACGCCAAGCAGAAGCAUGCCCCCCCCAAACUGGCUGAAAAUUGCCCCCUAUAGUGACUCCUGAUUGGAUGGCUAUGUAUAUAAAUCUUCUGGUUUAACUGUGUGCUGAUGUCCUGACUUGGUGGGACCCGGACUUUGUACAGUUUGAUGUUAGUUGUGGGUUGCCUGUAUUUCAAUGCUCGAGGGGGGGGGGUCAUUCUGUAAUAUAGUUUAUUAUUAAUAAUAAAUGUAUGUAAAGGAGAGACACAUACACAUCCAUGUAAUCCCACCUUCCAUUCACACACUACUGAACUUUUGAAUUUUGCCAGAUUUAGGAUCAUGUGCAGAACUUUGAGUUCCGCAUUGCUGUCUUAACUUUUUUGUUUGUUUUUUUUAAAGGGGGAGGGUGUUCAUUUCCCCUUUGCCGUAUGAGUGACCACUUUCUGCUUUUGUCUGUACCACAACUAGUUAAAAAAAACGUACAUAUGUAUAAAUUUUUAAAAGGAGCUAUGCUAACAUUUAAAAGCAUUUUUUUGCGUGUAUAUGAUUUAAAAAAAAAAAAAAAAAAAGACUGAUUUUAAUGACAAAAAGACUAGACAGAGAGAAAAAAUAAAUUAUACAUAACCUG